CAUCAAGGCAGAUCCGCCUUGAACACUUCCACAUCCGCGCCCUACCGAAAGCCAUCCUUCGCACCUUCAAUUCCCUUUCCUUGGGUGCUCCAGCGAAGCUCUCUCCUCUUACCCAUUCUUCUCUGUAUAAUACGUCCCGGUAAACCUGUUGGUCCAACUGCGUGGUUCAUUUUCCUCUUUGGGACUGGAUUGAAUCCUUCGGUGUUCUUUGCAUGUCGUCUAUUGUUCGAUUCCCUUGUCCCUCCUUGAUUGAAGAACCAAGUCAACCCAGAACCUCCCGCGCAGUUCCGUCUAGAGUCUGGCCGCCUCCGGUGCCUGACUUUGGAUAAUCAUAAUCCUAGUAUAGGUGGAGCAGUCUCGGGAAACCACGCGACUGCUCUCCACCCUACGUCCGAGGAGUCAGAAGCUCGAAGGGUAACAACGACCCUCAAGAAACAUUGAAAAUACCUGUUUCCCAGACACGUCGAGCUUGCUUCAGUGAUAUACAACGCAAUGGCAACCGAAAUGCAGUCCUUCUACACGCCCUCGACCUCGACGCACAUCUCCCAUGCUCCCGCCGCGGUCGAUGAGUUGAUUAGUAAAUACUCUUCCACCAUGUCGACCUCUACGAACCUAAACUCCCAAAGUGUCAGCUACCUGAUGAUGAAGAACCCUCGUCGGAAUGCCAUACAGCGAUUUGCCGAUCGUGUUCGUCUCGAAUACUACCGGUAUGAAGUCACAUUCGGACUCUACGUCAUGACCCCGGGCGAGAAACUCGUGGCCAACUCCUUCGUGAUUGUGGUGCUAUCACUGCUCUUCUGGGCCCUACUGCUGUAUUUCCCAACACUGCUCUACCAGAAGCUGACCCGCCUCGUAUGGUUGUUGACCGGCCAUAGCAGCGAGGAUAUGGGGACCGCUUUGGGUAUCUUGGAGACUCACGUGGGCUCUCUAUCGUCAUUUUCUGGGGAGAGUGCGUUGUGAGAGAGACCGAACCAACUCGCAUGGUAUAAAUAUACAUCUCAAAAACUAUUUAUUUUGUGAUUUUCCUUCUGCAUUGGUGCUCUCGUAUCGAUGAGACAUUGGGAGAUCAUUCUUGGUGGUACGUCUCGUUCAGCCUACUACAUAUCACCGUGAAAGCUAACGAUAUCCCGUUCUCUCUCUAGAUUGUUACAUAUACUUUGUUGUGUAUUAUGGAGCUAGCACGGGGCGUUUUGGUUUUCGUCUAUGUUGGAAAGCGGCUCGCCGCAAAGAUUUAACGAAUUGAAUGGUAAGGACCGACUUAUAAUGUGAGCACGAGUACUUCCGGGCUUAGGCAAGAGAUAAUGUGUACUCGAAGCUUGAGUGUCCAGUGGGACCUAAUGCCAGACCGCUUGGACCAGAGAUCCGCCUUUUUUU